AUGAUGAAGUUUGUGUUGUUCGCUGUCGUGCUGGCGUGCUGUGCCUACGUGUGCAUGGCACAACAAGGACGAGGUGUCUACUGCGGUCGUCGGCUCUCCGAAAUGUUGGCGAACCUGUGCUGGGGCCCUGAGCUCAACAAGCGCAGCUGGUGGGUGCCACCUGCGGGCGCGCUGGCUGGCAUGCGCGGCAAGCGCGGGCCUGUCGAUGAAUGCUGCGAGAAGUCCUGCACUAUUGAUGAACUAAUGAUGUACUGCUAG